CUCCCCCACCAUCUCUGGAGCAGCAAUGAGGUCUCCAGCCUGGAGAUCCAGACCUUUCAUGGUUGAAGUUUAGGAAUGGGAGAUGCAAUUACCUCCUCUUAGGAUUGCUAAGAGUGUGACCCAGUGGUCUUAUUAAUUCUAAGAAGGGGACAGUCUUUCUAAGGAGGAAGAAAAUGAGAGCUUCCCGGUGCCUCUCGGUAGCCACAGCGUUGCUCACCCUGGUGGCCCUCAAGGCCUACAUCGAGUGGACCGCCGAGCAGGAGGAGCAUUUCCCAACGCCUCAUGUGGCCAGUGGGCAAAGCAGUUCCGUCACCGCCGUCCAGCCCUCCGACGAUGCCUCGCCAGCGUUUGUCUUCCAGCACUUUAAUGUUUCGCUGCAGCAGCUUCGCCACAGCAUCCCGCGGGCAAAAGCUUACUGGAAUGAAAAGCAGUACAAGAAUUUCUGGGCCCUGGAAGAAGGCUGGGUGGCCAAUGCUUCCUGGGAUAAAUGCGCGAGUUCUGACGCAGCAGAACAGGCAGGCAAGAUCAAAGACUUCGGCUCGUAUUCAGAGCUUUACAAGAAUUUUAUUCUCUACGGGGACUGCAGGAACUUUUCCCUCUUGAUCGAUCAGCCCGGCAAGUGCGCCAACACAAAGAAUGACACCUUCUUGCUGUUGGCCAUCAAAUCUCUGCCUGGGAACUUUGCUGCCCGCCAAGCGGUGCGGGACACCUGGGGGAAGGAAGGCGAGCCCAGCGGGCUCCCUGUACGCACCGUCUUCUUGCUGGGCACGGCCCAGGGACGCUACGGGCCCCGCCUGCAACGCCUGGUCCGCUUUGAGAGCCGGAGUUUCGGUGACAUUUUGAUGUGGGACUUUGAAGACACCUUCUUCAACUUGACCCUCAAGGACUUCCUGUUCUUGAGCUGGACGCUGGACCGCUGUCGGGGUGUCCGUUUUAUUCUCAAGGGGGACGACGACGUUUUCAUCAACACGCCCAAAGUCUUGGAUUACCUGGGCUCUUUAGACACCAGCAAGCCCCUCUACACGGGGCAGGUGGUGGCCAACGCCUCGCCCUUCCGGGUCCAAAGGAGCAAGUACUAUGUGCCGGAAUCCUUCUACGUGGGGCCAUAUCCGGCCUACGCGGGAGGUGGGGGCUACAUCUUUUCCGGACCCCUGGCCCGGUUGCUCCACCUCAUUUCUCAGCACGUGGCCUUCUACCCGAUCGACGAUGUUUACACGGGGCUGUGCUUCCAAGCCCUGGGCAUCCGCCCUGAGGCGCACACCGGCUUCCUGACCUUUGAUAUCGCCGAGAAGGACCGGGAGGACCCCUGUGUGCACAGCCAGUUGCUCUUGGUCCAUCGGCGCAGCCCCCAGCAGACCCUCCACCUGUGGAAGCAGAUCACCAACCCAAACCUCAAGUGUUGAGAUGAGGCAGAACAACGGAAUUCCCCAGCGGGGAGGCUUGGUGGCAUCUGCCCGAAGUGUGUUGCAACGGGGAGAUGCUUCCCCUUCGUGCCUCGAGGACGAGUCUGGGCUGCCUGGCUGCGGCUGGCCUCUUCUGAAGUUCCCGUUCAGGGUGUCGUUUGCCUUUCUGGAAAUAGCAGGGUGGAGGGCAGAGCAUUUGACUUGUCCAUAUCGUGUAUGGGAACAAGAACCAUUCUGCCUUUUUUCCGUUAGGCCGAUCGGAAAAGGGCCGCAGCACCCAUCUGACCUGACCGGCGUGAGAGGGCUGGUGCAUCAAGCUUGCUUCCCCAACACGGUGCCCUCCAAAUAUAAUAGGCCUGCAACAGCUGGGUUUCUACAAGGCACACCCCUCUACAUCUGGAGCCCCCAGCUUGGGGAAGGCUGGGGGAGAAACUGCUGACUUGCUGGGCCAUCUGCCUGGAUGGCAGAGAGGGUGAAGUAUUGUCCACAAGUUUUUUCCCCCUUGCGGCCUGAACAUUUGGGGCCAAAGCACCCACACCCAGGUAAACCGAGAAACCAAGGCAAGACGCCUGCAAUGGCGAUCCUAAAGGACCACUGAGGGUUUCAACGUGGUGUAAGGGAAGCGGAAUGGGGGUCCUCGUGAACCAUCAGCUGCAAUGCUGCAUCUUGCACAGAGGUUUCAAGAGGGCCCAGAUGUUGUGACUUGACCUGUUAAAAUGGGGGUGGGUGGGAAUGGGAUUCCCCAACCCCAGCCCAUACUGUAACGAUGUCCUGCUGUAAUAAAAAUGUGUCUCAGGUACA